GCUCUAAAUGUCCCCACGUUUCGGCUCUCCUCUGCCAUUUCGCAAACUUCUAAAUCACAAGACGAAUGACAAGAAGAAGAGUGUCGCGCGUAAAAUUAGUACCCACUCGGAAUUCCAGAUUGUGUUUUUUUUUUUACGUUUACGCAGGACACUUGUCUCCAUUUGCGCGUCGACAAUGUCACAGUAACUCGUGGUGCGUUCAACUGAUCUUAAUAGCUUGCAAUCUUACCCGUGUCAAACCUCAGUUGCCUUCCAAACAUAAUUUCCUUUUCAUUUGCAUUCUUUGAGAGCAGGUUGUGAGGAACUUUGAAUGACUAGUUGUCUUUGUCAUCAGAAACUUUGAUCAGUUGCGUCUCUCGUCAGUUCUCAUAAUUAAGCGCAAGGAGUUUUUUGUUGUUGCAUGUAGCCUAAAAUGACCAUUUGACCUUUUUAACUUUAGACAAAGAUAUGGAGUUUACCAGGAAACAGAGGAGCGUUUUUUAUAUAUUGUUUUUUUCAAUAUGCAUGAUCAACGUUUCUUUUUCUGCGAAAAGGACAAACGUUCGAAGAUCGGAGCGCCUCAGCCCUCCUUUGGACAUCCAGUUGGAGAUGGUGAACUGCACAGCCUUCAGUGUGCGGUGGAAGAUGCCCCGGCGUCAUGUUAGCACCAUCACAGGCUACAAGGUGUUCUACACAGAGAUGAGGAACAGUCGGCCAGUGAGUACUGCCGUGGCGUUGGAGGUGCCUCUCAGUCUGGACAUGCUGACCACCGGGCAAUUGGAUGGACAAGCAAGUUUUGAUGUGGACAUUGGUAACCUUAAAGUUGCCACCCAGUACAGAGUUAGUGUUGGUGCGUAUGGAUGGGCAGGCGAGGGCCGACCUAGCAUGCCCAGGGACAUCAGCACUUCUUCACAAGAGAUGUGUAUGCCUCCGUCCCCUCCCACACAGCCCACUGUCGUGGCCGUAUCGGACACAGAGCUUGCGUUGUCGUGGACACAGGGUGAGAGUGAGGGAAGUGCACCAGUUCUACACUUUCUUGUUGCUUACAUCAGGCCUGAGAUGGACACAGAGUGGACCUACAUCAGGGAGCCCAUUGAAGCCAACUCCAUGGUACUGAAAGGGUUAAGUCCCGACACGGAGUACCAGUUUGUGGUCCGAGCCGCCAACGUCCAUGGAGUGAGCCCUCCCAGUGCCAUCAACAACCCCAUCCGCACCCCUGGCACAGCAGAGGUUGGCAGCAGCGGCUAUGGCCAGCGCUACAUCACAGACGGCAAGAUCAAAGAUGAAGACGGAUUUGACAUAGACGACUCUGACUACGAUGUGUUCAUUGAGGAGCUGAAGCCGUUCCCUGCCAUUCCCAACGGUGACAACCAGAGAUCCCAGCUCCGUUCCCGGUCUGGAACGCCGUCCUCUCAGCCAGGCGGGAACGUCAUCUACAGGAUGGGCACUGCCGCACCCAACACCAUCCUCCUCCCCUCAACCCCAUCUGACCCAGAGCUGGGCUCCCCACUUACCCCCGUCACCCCUGAGCUGAUCACCAUGAGCCCCACCACCGACAGCACUUCCUCCACCACCCUGCCUCCCACCACCCCCACGCCCCCCAUGACCCAGUGGAUGGGCCCUGUGCCCAGGCUCUACGAUCUAGCCUGUGAGGACACGGUGUGCCCCCCCGACAGCUUCUGCCUCAGUGACUACGACAGCGGAGGUUCCCGUUGCCAUUGCAACCUGGGCCGCAGUGGUGACAUCUGCUCCUACGGAGUGACGGUGCAGUUCCCAAGGUUCUAUGGCCACUCCCACAUGACCUUUGAACCUCUGAAGAACUCUUACCAGACCUUUCAGAUGACCCUUGAAUUCAAGGCAGACUCGGAGGAUGGCUUGUUGCUGUACUGUGGGGAGAAUGAGCAUGGCCGUGGAGACUUCACCUCUCUGGCUCUUGUACGAGGCAAGCUGCAUUACAGGUUUAACUGUGGCACUGGGGCAGCACAGAUAGUCAGCGAGACUCGCAUGGUGCCCGGACAGUGGCACACUGUGACCGUAUUCAGGGACGGCAUGAGUGGCUGGCUGAGAAUGGACAACGAUACGCCCAUUUCAGGACGCUCACAGGGACAGUACACCAAGAUCACAUUCCGAAGCCCGUUGUACUUGGGAGGGGCUCCCAGUGCCUAUUGGUUGGUCAGGGCCACAGGGAGCAACCGGGGCUUUCAGGGCUGCAUGCAGAGUCUGACCAUCAACAACAAGGCCACGGAUCUCAGACCCUGGCCCCUAGGCAGCGCUCUGAGUGGGGCAGACAUCGGUGAGUGCAGUGACAGCGUGUGUGAGAUGAUCACCUGCGACAACAGAGGAAUCUGCUUUGCCAACCGAGCGGACGGGUACAUCUGUCUGUGCCCUCUGGGCUUCAGAGGCAUGCUCUGUGAAGAGAGUUUCCUGCUGUCUCUGCCGCUCUUCAACGAGACCAUGUUUUCGUACGCCAGCGCCCCUUGGCCCCAGUCCCUCCUCAGUUACCUGUCCUUCAUGGAGUUUGAGAUCACCUUUCAGCCGGCCAGGCCUGACGGCACGCUGCUCUACAGCGACGACGCCAGCAGCCGGGACUUCUUGGCCAUCAACCUGGUGGAAGGAUACGUGGAGUUCCGCUUUGACUGUGGCUCUGGAGGGUCUGUCAUUAGGAGUGAGGAGCAGGUCAGUAUAGGCACAUGGCAUGAGCUGCGGGUCUCUCGUACAGCCAAGAGUGGCAUCCUGCAGGUGGACAACCAGAAGCCCAUGGAGGGCAUAGCUGAGGGAGCCUUCACUCAGAUCAAGUGCAGCUCUCCUCUGUACAUCGGCGGAGUACCACAAUAUGACAAAACCAAGAGCGCCGCGGCCGUGCUCCGCCCCUUCAGCGGCACCAUCCAGAAGCUGGUUCUGAAUGACCGCAGCAUCCCACUGACCAAGGACUUUGCUCUGGGGGUGAAUGUGGAGAACGCAGCCCACCCAUGUGUGCAGAGUCCCUGUGCCAACGGCGGCACCUGCAGGCCCAAAUGGGAUGGCUACGAGUGUGACUGCUCUCUCGGCUACGAUGGCCGGCACUGCCAGAAGGAAUGUGGGAAUUACUGUUUAAACACUGUCACAGAGGCCAUUGAGAUCCCACAAUUCAUUGGCCGCAGCUACCUCACAUACGACAAUCGUGAAAUCCUGAAAAGGGUUUCGGGCGUCAGGACCAACAUGUUUAUGCGCUUUAAGAGCACGGCGAAGGAUGGUCUGUUGCUAUGGCGAGGCGACAGCCAAGUGAGGCCCAACAGUGACUUCCUGUCUUUAGGACUGCAGGACGGAGCACUCAUUUUUAGCUAUAACCUGGGCAGUGGUGUGGCCAAUGUGAUUGUCAACGGAACCUUCAGCGAUGGAAGGUGGCACAGAGUGAAGGCUGUCAGGGACGGCCAGACUGGGAAGCUGACAGUGGAUGACUAUGGGGCCCAGACUGGCAGGUCACCUGGGAAGAUGAGACAGCUGAACGUCAACGGUGUCUUGUAUGUCGGGGGGAUGAAGGAGAUUGCUCUGCACACUAACCGGCAGUACAGUGGAGGUCUGGUGGGCUGCGUCUCACACUUCACCUUGUCCACCGACUACCACCUCUCCCUAGUGGAGGACGCUGCCGAUGGCAAGAACAUCAACACUUGUACCAACUAAAAGUCCUGUGUGUCCAGGGCCCAUAUCAUUAAGCAUCUCAGAGUAGGAGUGCUGAUCUAGAAUCAGUUUAGCCUUUUAGAUGAGAAAGCAUGGACAGGGGGACCUGAUCCUAUAUCAGCACUUCUACACUGAGAUGCUUUGUGAAUACGAGCCUUGGGCUUUCUGCCGACUCAGCAGCAAGACACGUUCACCCAAGGACCCAAUAACACAAGUGCAACGAGACUGGAGAGACCUUGCUAGAACCUCCUGAAAUGUAAGGUUGCAACUUUGACAUCCGAAGGACAAUUUCAUGGGAUGGUUUCGACGAUAUCCAGAUAUUUUUUUCUACAUCCUUAUUGGAUGAUUUGGAGAACCAAAAUAUGUAGUAAUGAAUGAUGUUUUUGAUAAAGUGACAUGAUGUUUGUAGAAAAAUAACCUUUUUUUAGUUGUAUUUUUUAAGCCUGCUCUUGGCACACAGAGUCAUGUUAUUGUGAUUGUUGUGUUGUGGUGUCUGUAUCAACAAGUCCAUAGACGACAGUGUUUUUGACUUCAAUUCAUGUGAGUUGUUUGCAGGUUGCUAGUGUUUGGUGGCACCUUAAUUGGGGAGGACGGGCUCGUGGUAAUGACUGGAGCGGAAUCAGUGGAAUGGAAUCAAAUACAACAAAGACAAGGUUUCCAUUCCAUUUACUCCGUUCCGGCCAUUAUUACGAGCCGUUCUCCCCUCAGCAGCCUCCCCUGCUGGAAGGUGAUGAAGAUCAGCCGAGUGUCUAGGUGUUUCUUUCUUUCCCCUGUCUGGAUAUCAGGACAUUUUCCUCUUUCAGUAUCCAUGUCUCUCUGCUUUUUCUCUACAGCAAAGAAAUAUGCCAGAUGGACACUAUCGUUAUUGCAAAGAAAAAUAUACAAGUCCCCAGUGUUUCCCAAACUUGGUCCUCGGGACCCCAAGAGGUGCACAUUUAGUUAACACUACACAGCUGAUUCAAAUGAUCAAAGCUUGAUGAUUAGCUGAUUAUUUGAAUCAGCUGUGUAGUUCUAGUGCAAAAACCAAAACGUGCCCCCUUUGGGGUUCCGAGGUCCGAGUUUUGGGGAAACCCUGGUAUAAGUCAACCAAAAUAAUGUGUGGAAAACACUAUCACCCUCUUCAUUUGAUAUUAUGUACUGCACAUGUCAGCGUUUCAGUUGUGUUGUCGCUUCUGUUUUGAACCAAAUUAAUUUCCCCAGUUGUGUGUAUUUGAAAUCGCAAAUACUGAAAGUACAUUUAGUUACCAUGUCAUCUCAGGCCUAGGCUUACUGCAAUAAGAAGUUCACCACCAAGAACAUUCUGACAGUGUUCUGUGUUGAUAUUUUGUCUGAUUGUGGGAAGGUUUUUGUUGCUAAAAUGUUAAUGUUUGAUUUAAAACAUAAAAUAAUACUCAAUGUCCAGAGAACAUUGCUAAUGAUAGAUAUUUGAAAUAAUAAAUGUGAUUGAUUUCAAUGAAGUUGAAACAGGUAGCCGUUAUCUAGCUAAUAUUUUCCCAUUUUAUUUGAACUGUGCUAUGGUAACUACUGCAUUCCACAGAAAUCAAUGAAGACAUUGCCACAGCUUUUAAGUUCCCUCUUUUUGUGAAGAUGAUGGUUUUUUACCAUGUUCCUUUUGAUGUUCCUUUGAUGUCAUUAUAUAUAUUUUGUAAUCAUAUAUUUUGUCUAUGGCCUACUGCAAAUCUUUGAAUAAUUGCUCCCCUUCUGACUGCUAAGAAUAAAAUGACUGGCUUGAAGUGGACUAUUUUACAAAAUUGCCUCCACAAAUAGUCAGUGAAAGAAAAUGUUGGUUUGACACAAACACAUUCAUUUUUGUUCUUCUAUCGU